AUGAACAGCGGCAUUUUGGGGUUCUCCCAACUAGCAAGGCUCCCCAAAUCGAACACCUUUUCCUCACUCGAACACUCAAAAAUCGUCUGUUCAAGUACUAGUUCUCUUUUUCCAACAUGCUCUUCAACAAAGUCUUCGCCGUCUCUGCACUCACUACUCUUGCUGCCGCCACAGCCCUCGAGCGCCGCGGUGAAGAGCCUAAUGAACAAUGCCCAGGCCUCCAAUGCUGCCAACAGGUUGGGUCCGCGACCGACCCCUCUAUCAUUGCCCAAGCUACCAGCCUCGGUGUCGUUUCUGUCUUGGCGGGCCUCCUCGCCACCGUCGAAGUUGGCCUCAACUGCAGCCCCAUUACCGUUAUCGGUGGUGGCAACGGUGCAUGCUCCGGAGGCACCAAAGUUAUUUGCAAUGACAACACCCACGGCACUCUCAUCAGCGUCGGAUGCGUCCCUGUUACCAUCUAAACAUCGCUCGGAUGAGAAACGAAGGAUUUUCGAUUGGAUAUCCUGA